CGGGUUUAGAUGCCGUAAUUUCAACGGCGAUGCCAAACGUUCCCAUCCGACAGCUAUAGAUAUUGCUACAAUCACUUCCGUGGCGUUGAAUCUUCAUAGAGAAACCAUCACAACAAACCCAACAAUCUGAAGGAUGUUACUCCAUUCAUCUCUUUUUCCUCUAAACCCCAACACUCUCUGUACUUCUUCCCAUAAGACUUCAACUUCGAUAAUCACGCCCUCGAAUCACCCUGGAGGAUUAGAAAAAACUAGUAACCAUGAGCCCAAGCCAUCGAGAUUUUGCCCAUGUGGAAGGAGGCAUUUUCUUGAAGCUACAGCAACAGGUUUACUUUCAGUUUCAGUGCCUCCGGCUAAUGCUUCUGAUUAUAAGACUGUACUGAAUAGAGUUCACCCUCCAAGACCAGAUUGGUACGAGGAAUUUUAUGCAUCGGUUUUGAAUUCAGACGCUACGAGAUCCUAUGAGGCAGAGAUUGCGGCUUACAAGUCACAGCUUUUUACUAAUUUGAGGGGAAAGGCCAAGAGAAUAUUAGAGAUUGGCAUUGGCACUGGUCCUAACCUCAAAUACUAUGCCAAUGAUGCUGAUUUAGAGGUUUUUGGCAUGGAUCCAAAUGUAAAGAUGGAAAGAUAUGCGCAGGAAGCUGCAGAGGCUGCUGGUCUGCUGCCCACAAAUUUCAAAUUUAUACAAGCAGUGGGGGAGGCCAUACCAUUAAGUGAUGCUUCAGUUGAUGCAGUUAUUGGAACUCUCGUACUGUGCUCAGUUGCCAAUGUUGAUCAGACAUUGCAAGAGGUGAAGAGGGUGCUUAGGCCAGGUGGGCUUUACUUAUUUGUGGAGCAUGUGGCAGCUAAAGAUGGAACAUUGCUUAGAUUUCUGCAGAACAUCCUUGAUCCUUUGCAACAGACAGUUGCUGAUGGCUGUCACCUAACCAGAGAAACAGGAAAGAAAAUUAAUGAAGCAGGUUUCUCAGGUGUUGAAUUAAGCACAGCUUUCUUGUCUAAUGCUGCUUUUGUAAACCCUCAAGUGUAUGGAAUAGCUAGCAAGUAAUCACACUAUGGAUUACGGCAGCCAUGCUGUUCAGCCAAUCAUCAAGAAAGUAGCUGCAGAAUAUGUGAGACUAAUCCCGGUUAAUAUGCAAGUGCACUUGUAUAUACUGAAAAUAACCCUUAAUGCGUUUAUUGCAGGUCAAUUCGAUCAGGUUUAUGCUUUUGUUUCUUCCUUGGUGAUGUACUUCGAGGGAAUGUUUAGUUGGUUUUGGAAACAUAAUGGGGAUGUAAUGAGCUCUAUAUCUCAAGAAUCCUACUAUUCUCCUUUAAAAAAAAAAAAAAUCUUAUUCUAAGUUUAGUGGA